AUGGCCGAAGAAGCGGCAUACGAGCUAUGGCAUGAGAUUCGGCGGGCGGAUAUCGACCAGCAGGGGGCCUUGCCCAAAACCAUCAAGAAGAGGGAUAAACAGUUCGAGGUGAUGAAUACGGCUAUUGACUGUGCUAUUAAUCUCUAUUCAUCCUGUGAUCCCCAGAAGAUAAGAGUGGUCACUAAAGCGAUGAUGCUCUUGUUCUUACACGACGAUGUCAUUGAAUACGCCUAUUCCAAGGAUAGCGAUACGAUCCUAGAGCAAGAAAUAGGCAUCCACGGCACAGCCGAGGAGACAUUGCGUACCGACCCUGACAAGGGGGCCAUCUGGGCGAGAUUUGUACGACAGACGCUGGAGAUUGAUCCUGUCUGGGGCCCUGGCCUCCUGCGAGGCAUGAUUGCCUGGAGUGCAUUUACGAAUGAACAUCAACAUUCGCUCCGGAGUUCCUUCUCUACCCUGUCCGAGUACCUACAGUUUCGAGAGAUGGAUGUCGGCAAUGAGGUGAUCAUCGCGUGCCUCCGAUACAGCUGCGAAUUCCAACUGACGCCAAGCGACGUCGACGCCGUGCACGACCUGGAGACGCUGAUGGUCAGACAUUGUCUUCUAACAAAUGACCUGUUUUCCUUCAAUAAGGAACAGUGUGAGCGUGUCUCAACGGGAGCGUCAAUUGUCAAUACCGUCGAGUGCCUGCGAACUUUAAUGACGACCUCUGUGAGUGCUGCCAAAUCCAUGGCGCUGACCCUUCUCUGGGAGGUUGAGCAGAAGAUGCAUGAAGUCUACGAGCGAGGGUUGCUAGAAUGGACCGACUUACAGGCUCUUUAUGCCCAACGCGUGAUCGAGUUAUCCGCAGGUAACUAUUUCUUCUCUGCAACUACCUACCGCUACUCCACCGAAGCCAUCAAAGUGCAUCUUGACUUUGCCUCUAAGGUUGGCGCAUCUUUGUAG